CUAGAACAAAAUAACAAAAUAUAAAUCAUAGUAAUAUUACUAUUUAUACCCAGUGAAUGAGAUAGCCACAACCAAACACACCACAAUAAAACCUAACACUUGCUGUAUUUCUUCUUCUAAAAGUCCACGUCAACAUUCCGGCAAUCUUCUCCGACCACUCUCUACUUCCGACCAUCAAUAAAACAUGAUCAAAAUAGAAUGAGAUUAGUAGUUCUAUCAUGUCAGUCUCGUGCUCCGACUGCUUCUCCGGCCUACUUUGCGACGAGGACUCCGACACUGUUUUCUCGUCCGACAUCGAAUCUCGGUACGCUGAUAUCGAUGAAUCUAUCGCUGGUCUUAUUGAAGAUGAGCGGAAUUUUGUGCCUGGAUUUGAUUAUAUUGAGAGGUUUCAAUCUCAGUCACUAGACGUUGCUGCUAGAGAAGAAUCCGUUGCAUGGAUUCUCAAGGUACAACGCCACUAUGGUUUCCAGCCAUUAACGGCGUAUCUCGCCGUUAAUUAUUUUGAUCGUUUUCUCUACUCUAGAAGCUUGCCGCAAACAAACGGUUGGCCGCUGCAACUAUUGUCGGUUGCUUGCUUAUCUUUAGCUGCAAAAAUGGAGGAACCUCUUGUUCCUUCUCUUUUGGAUCUUCAGGUUGAAGGUGCAAAGUAUAUAUUUGAACCCAAAACCAUACAAAGAAUGGAGUUUCUUGUACUGAGAAUAUUAGAUUGGAGGCUCCGAUCCAUAACCCCGUUUAGCUACCUCAGCUACUUUGCCUAUAAACUUGAUUCAGUAGGAACUUUCACUGCCUUCCUUAUUUCAAGGGCUUCUCAGAUUAUCCUCUCAAAUAUUCAAGAAGCUAGCUUUCUUGAGUAUUGGCCAUCAUGCAUAGCUGCAGCUACAAUACUUUGUGCAGCUAAUGACCUUCCAAAUUUCUCUCUCGUGAACGCUGAACAUGCUGAAUCUUGGUGUGAUGGACUACACAAAGAUAAAAUCGUGGGGUGCUACAAAUUAGUGCAAAAGUACGCGAUUGCAUUAAGACCUCGGAGAUUUCCAAGAGUUAUACCACAGGUACGAGUCAUGACUCGGGCUAGUACUACUGUAGCAUCCAGUGACUCAUCACCCUCCUCGUCGUCGUCAUCAUCUUCCUCCACAUCUUAUAAAAGGAGAAAACUAAGUAACAGCUGGUGGAGUACUACAGAUGAUGAUAGAGCAAGUUCGGAAUAAUAUAAGUAAUGUGUGGGAAAUUAAGAAUAAGGGGCUACAAGGAAAAAAAGGAAGUGGUGGACCAAAAGUGAUCUAAGAAUCCUCAGUCAUUUUUUCAUCUUUGAGGAGUGAUGUAGAUUAUAUUUAGUUGAUAUAAUGUGCCAUUCAUUAAAUGGCUUUGCAGAUUCCCAAGGGAAGGGGAUUUGGUACAUAGUAUUUUGGUGUGAGAAAGGUGAAAAAGAAAGAGAAAGAAGAGAUUGUUUAAUUAUAGCAUGCAUUAGUAGUAGUAAGUGGAGUCAUGUAGUGUGAAUGAAGUGGGGUUUGCGAUUGAAUUCAAAGGGAGCAUUGAUUAUUAUUGAAUGAAAAGAGGAGAUGGUGGGGCCUAUUUGCUAAGGAUUGGAGAAGAGAAAAUUAAAUCAAUGGAGUUGUGGCAAAAAAAUAAUUGAAAUUUUGGGCAAAUCCAUUGAUGAAUAAUUCAAGAAAGCUCUUGAUAUAUAACUAUAGGGCCACCAUUAUUGCUUCCAACUUCUACACUAGCUCCAAGAUAAUGAAUGAAAAUCAACAAUUCACUCAAGGAGAAAAAAACAAGGGUCAUUCAACUUCAUAAUAACAUUUGGCUCUGUAUAAUCAGAACUUUGGUUUGAGGUGUGCUCUACACAGCGUGUAUGUGUGUUUUUUUGGCGGGAUUUUGCCUUUUUUUCUGGGUCCUAACCAUAUACUGGACUAUUUUGAAUUUUUCUUCAAACGUGUAAUGGAUACACGUGUGUAUUCUUUUAAUUUUUUGAUAAAGAGGAGGUGAUAUGAAAAAAAAAAGCCUCCUCUGAUUUUCCGGCCAAAAUUUGGCCUAACCAUAAAAAAGGUCUUUGGGGCCUUUUCUCAGUGUGUGCUUGUAUUUGGCUUCAUGUGUCAAACAUGAUGUUACAUCUAGUAUAUAUGAAUAAUAAGCUGUUUCCUAUUUUUAUUUGGA